AUGCUGCAGGAACUCUCGCACAUGGACCGUAUCACCCAGCUCCAGGAUGAGAUCCAACGCCUCCUUACAAUCAUGUCAAGCACCAUCGCCUACCUCACCGCCAGGUCUACCUUCCUCCAAGUCAGCGAGCAAAUACCCAUCACAAAAAUACGCAAUCCAGAUAAAUAUGAUCCCCCAGAACUAUUCGAAGCAAACAAGAACGAGCUCGUUCAGGACCUUAUUGUAAAGGCGAAACAAAUCGAAUAUCUCAUCCAGUCAUUACCGGUCCCAGAACCGGAAGAACAGCAGGCAAACCGACUUCAAGCAUUGGAACAACAAAUGCAAGACGCAAAUGAAGAGUAUAUACAAGCCGUAGACCGUGCGAAGAACCUACAUCAUAAAAUAUCUGAAUUUCUUCGGACGAUGUUGGACAAUGCAGAUGGUCCAUCCGCUGAUUGA